AUGAGCCUUCCAAUACUCGAAGUGAGCGAAACUGGUACUGCACUCCAUGCUGGGGCAGUAGACCACAAAAAUGAGGGCGACGAUCGAAAUAGUGUCACAUCGACGGGUGUCACAUCAAAUGAGAAAUACGAUCUUCCUCGAGCUCCUGCCAUACUAAACGUCAAUGCGCUGCACAAUUUGAGUAGUAGUGAUGGCGAAAAUGCUGGUGAAACAGCAGACUACAAAUCGAUGGAUCCUGGAAAGCCGCAAGUGGCAGAAGUGACCAGUGCUGGCGAAAUUCUGCAAUCCACAUCUCUCAAUGAUCCCAUUCAAUUCACAAGAGUCUCAUCUUCUUCAGCGCUAAGUGCAAGCUCUUACGGGGUCAGUGAAGCCAGUGAACGGUCAUAUGAGCCGCAAUCGAAUGAUAAAAGGCCCACCCAUUCACAACGUCAUUUCCAAAAGCAAGAGCCAGUUGUGCCAGACCUUCAAGAACAGUCAACACUCGGGGACAAGACCAACUCUACGAUAAGGGCUUCAAGUCAGUAUAAUCCCGAUAAUACGGCUUUAACGAAUGAAUCGAUGUUACUUUCGGGUGAGAAUGAAACGGAGAUAUCUCCUGCCUUCUCCACGCAAAACAGUUCUACGGCAAACAUCGAUUACGAUGGGCACCUAAAAAGCAGCACACCAAAGAGCAACUACAGCCGUGACAAUUUCAAGGCUACACCAUUCGAAGCCGCAGUCAGUAAUACAAUGCAGGAAAGGUCUACCUACGUUCGUCCUGAAGAAAGUGAUCCGGACCAUAACAAUAACAAUGUAUCUCAGAAGAGCAGUCCUGUCGUAAGCGAUAAAGAACCUCGAAAAACACCUGUUCUUUCUCAAGGAGGUUUCCACCAAUUACCACAGGCCUCACCGGAUGCUAAGAACGCCAAUCAGAAGCCAGCUUUCAAGGUAGUAAGCUCGCCUUUCAGUGGUGUGAACAAGACCUCCCGCUCUGGUGAAAUUACGCCAGAAAGUCCAAUUUCCCAUCCACAAACCCCAUCGCCAGGCUUGGAUGGUAAGAAGCGAAAGAGUGGUGGAAGUAGAAUGAAAGGCGUCUUUUCAUCACUGAUGCAAAACAUGAAGAGAACUUCACAAGGAGAAAAAAGGCAAUCAAACUCCGCUAUAAAGAUAUCAACACCUUAUAAUGCAAAGCAUGUUCAUCAUGUGGGCGUUGAUACAAAAACUGGGGAAUAUACUGGUCUCCCGGAGGAGUGGGAAAAGCUUUUAACUUCGAGCGGUAUUUCAAAAAGAGAGCAGCAACAACACCCGCAGGCGGUCAUGGACAUUGUGAAAUUUUACCAAGACGUGACGGAAGCAAACGGCGAAGACAAGGUGUUUAAAACGUUCCACGUUGGAGGCUCAGGGAAGAACUUAUCAAACUCUGAAUCACGGUCUCCUUCAUCGCCGUCUCUCAACAAGUUCGGGAGCCUGUCAUCGAAAGGAGCCUCUCAAACCAGCAUUGGAACGAAAGGCACCCCUCAAGAGCUUCAAUCGCCAGUCAAUUUGAGGGAAGCGCCAAGGCUACAAGGAUCAAGCAAUGAACGAUAUAUGCCCAGUCGUCCAGCACCCAGACCACCCGGUACGCCUGCGAAGACUGAUAUAACGUCUCCAUUGGCUAAUAACAGCUCUGCGGCAGCAUCGCCAAAACUGAAUAGAACAGGAAGCUCUAGCUCCGCGAUAAAGGCUUUGUCUCGGAACGGCACCAGAAAUAAAUCAGACCAAAAUCAAACUGUUUUGACCCAGCCGAAGAACCCUCUGCCGCCGACAAAAGUUUUACCGGAAUCGCCGAUUCUUGAUGCCCCACUAAGAGCGGCUCCUCCCCCUCCCCCUGUUCCCAAAGAUCAUGCAAAAGGAGAAUCGGUACCAAGCGACAUGCAAAAAGCGCUUGAGUCGAAACGGGAGGAUAGGAGAAGAAAAAUUCAACAGCUUUAUGCUACCUUAACAGAGAUUUGCUCAGAGGGCGACCCCAGCAAGCUGUAUAAAAAUCUGAUCAAAAUUGGUCAGGGAGCCUCAGGAGGUGUUUACACAGCCUAUGAAGUUGGAACUAAUGCUUCAGUCGCCAUUAAGCAGAUGAGUCUCGAGAAACAGCCCAAAAAGGAGCUUAUUAUCAAUGAGAUAUUGGUCAUGAAGGCAAGUAAGCAUGCUAACAUUGUCAACUAUAUUGACUCUUUUCUUCUGAGGGGUGACCUUUGGGUUGUGAUGGAGUACAUGGAAGGGGGUUCUCUAACAGAUGUGGUAACACACUGUAUAUUAACGGAAGGUCAGAUUGGAGCGGUUUGCCGAGAAACCCUUAAAGGUUUGAUGUUUCUACAUUCGAAGCGGGUGAUCCACCGAGAUAUUAAAUCGGACAACAUUCUACUGUCUAUGACGGGUGAAAUAAAGUUGACAGAUUUCGGGUUCUGUGCCCAAAUAAAUGAAACCAAUUUGAAGCGCACCACGAUGGUGGGUACGCCUUACUGGAUGGCUCCAGAAGUUGUGUCGAGAAAAGAAUAUGGUCCAAAAGUUGAUAUAUGGUCUCUGGGAAUUAUGAUUAUAGAAAUGAUCGAAGGUGAGCCUCCUUAUUUAAACGAGACACCACUGCGUGCACUAUAUUUGAUUGCCACAAACGGUACUCCUGAAUUGAAAGACGCGGACUCUUUGACUCAGGAUUUGAGGUUCUUUUUGAACUGGUGUCUGCACGUCAAUCCAGAAGAAAGGGCCUCGGCGUCAGAACUGCUUGAAGAUCCCUUCAUUACGACAUACUCGGAUGAUGUAAAAUCUCUCGCGCCUUUGGUGAAAUUAGCGAGAAUGAAAAAGCUCGCGGAGAAAAUGGAGGAUGGGGAUGAAAGCGGAGCGGAUAGCUCUUGA